GAAGUCUCUGCUGGCCAUCGCGUCCAUGCGUGGCGCCGGCGCAGAGCGAGAAAGAGGCGGGAACAGGGUGAAGCCACAGUGUUGGGCCGAACUCUAGGCGAACUUCAGCGGAGGUGUUGGUCCUUCUUGGCAGGUGAUGGCGCCCCCCGCGGCCUAGAGGUCCAGCGCCCGCGGCGAGCCACAGACAGCCCUUCCGUUGUGUCCCACCGACAGUCCUGGGAACAGUGAAUAUGUUGGUGCCGCUAGCCAAGCUGUCCUGCCCGGCAUAUCAGUGCUUUCAUGCCUUAAAAAUUAAGAAAAAUUAUCUACCUCUGUGUGGUACAAGAUGGUCUUCAACUUCUGUUGUACCUCGAAUUACUACCCACUAUACUAUUUAUCCCCGGGAUAAAGACAAGCGAUGGGAAGGAGUGAACAUGGAGAGGUUUGCGGAAGAAGCAGAUGUAGUUAUCGUUGGCGCAGGCCCCGCAGGACUCUCUGCAGCAGUCCGUCUAAAGCAGCUGGCUACUAAACAUGAAAAGGACAUCCGUGUGUGUCUCGUAGAGAAAGCUGCUCAAAUAGGAGCUCAUACUCUCUCAGGGGCCUGCCUGGAUCCACGUGCUUUUGAAGAAUUAUUCCCAGACUGGAAGGAGAAGGGAGCUCCACUUAACACUCCUGUAACAGAAGACAGAUUUGGAAUUUUAACGGAGAAAUACAGAAUUCCAGUGCCAAUUCUUCCAGGUCUUCCAAUGAAUAAUCAUGGCAAUUACAUUGUCCGCUUGGGACAUUUAGUAAGCUGGAUGGGAGAACAAGCAGAAGCCCUUGGUGUUGAAGUAUACCCUGGUUAUGCUGCUGCUGAGGUCCUUUUUCAUGAAGAUGGUAGUGUAAAGGGGAUUGCCACUAACGAUGUAGGGAUACAAAAGGAUGGUGCCCCAAAGACAACAUUUGAGCGAGGACUAGAACUACAUGCCAAAGUUACAAUUUUUGCAGAGGGUUGCCAUGGACAUCUAGCCAAGCAACUAUAUAAGAAGUUUGAUUUGAGAGCCAACUGUGAUCCCCAAACCUAUGGAAUUGGACUCAAGGAGUUAUGGAUUAUUGAUGAAAAGAAGUGGAAACCUGGAAGAGUAGAUCACACUGUUGGUUGGCCCUUGGACAGACAUACUUAUGGAGGCUCUUUCCUCUACCAUUUAAAUGAAGGUGAACCCCUGGUAGCUCUUGGUUUUGUGGUUGGUCUAGACUACCAGAAUCCGUAUCUGAGCCCAUUUAGAGAGUUCCAGAGGUGGAAACACCAUCCCAGCAUUCGGCCGACAUUGGAAGGUGGAAAAAGAAUUGCAUAUGGAGCCAGAGCUCUGAAUGAAGGUGGCUUUCAGUCUAUACCAAAGCUCACCUUUCCUGGUGGUUUACUAAUUGGUUGUAGCCCUGGUUUCAUGAAUGUUCCCAAGAUCAAAGGUUCCCACACAGCAAUGAAAAGUGGAAUUUUGGCAGCAGAAUCUAUUUUUAAUCAACUAACUGGUGAAAAUCUCCAAUCAAAGACAAUAGGACUCCAUGUAACUGAGUAUGAGGACAAUUUGAAGAAAUCAUGGGUGUGGAAAGAGCUAUAUUCUGUUAGAAAUAUAAGACCAUCCUGCCAUGGAAUACUGGGUGUAUAUGGAGGGAUGAUUUACACUGGAAUCUUUUACUGGAUAUUUAGAGGAAUGGAGCCAUGGACUCUAAAACAUAAAGGUUCUGACUCUGAUCAGCUCAAGCCAGCCAAGGACUGCACACCUAUUGAGUAUCCAAAACCUGAUGGACAGAUCAGCUUUGACCUUUUGUCAUCUGUGGCCCUAAGUGGUACUAAUCAUGAACAUGACCAGCCAGCACAUUUAACCUUAAAGGAUGACAGUAUUCCUGUAAACAGAAAUCUGUCAAUAUAUGAUGGACCAGAACAGCGAUUUUGCCCUGCAGGAGUUUAUGAAUUUGUACCUUUGGAACAAGGUGAUGGAUUUCGGUUACAGAUAAAUGCUCAGAAUUGUGUGCAUUGUAAAACAUGUGAUAUUAAAGAUCCAAGUCAGAAUAUUAACUGGGUGGUACCUGAAGGCGGUGGAGGACCUGCUUACAAUGGAAUGUAAACUGCAACUGAUUUCAUUUGCAGGCACUUGUGAGAGUUUCUUUAAAAUGUAUGGCAAGCUAACUAAACAUUUAGAAGUCAACAGAUUGUCAAACUAUCUUACCACGUAUUACUGAUCAGAAUGCUCAUAAAAUUAUCAACGAAAUAAAAAUUUUAUACCUAUACCUAAAAUUGUCCCAUAAAAAAUUAUGAAUAUGCCUCUUACAUAAAACCUUAUCAAUGAGGUAGCAUCUGCUUACCUCUUUAAUUCUUCAGAGAUUCAGUACCAUUAGCAAAUACACUAUUGGCCUUUAAUGUAUAUUGCACUUGUCAAAUUCAAGACUUCAAGUAUAAACGUAUUAUUAUUCUAGACCAGAGGUGAGCAUCCAGCCCACCACUUUUCUUAUGAAGUUUUAUUGGAACACAGCCACGCCCAGUGGUUUACAUACUGUCUGUGGCUACAACUGUAGAACUGAGUAGUUGUGACAGAUGAUAAUGGUUCACAAAGCCUAAAAUAUUUACUCUCUGGCCCUCUGGAUAAAGUCUGCCAACCCCUGAACAUGUAUAUCUGUAUUAUAUGUAAGUAUAAAAAUGCCAGCAAAAAC